AUGCCCGUGAUGAAUAUGUUGCAAUCCGAACAGCCCUCUAAAUCCUACACUGGCUCGCGCUACUUCCGUGAGUUUGUAUCCAAGAUUCGGAAAGACCCAGAUGCUGGAAAGUAUGAGCACCUCGAAGACUAUCCACACGACAUUCUUACCGACACCGAGCUCGGACUAAGGCUAUAUCACGCCGGAAUCAACCCCUACGACCAGGACCACUUCCGACACCAGAUCUAUAUUGUGGUCAUCGACUCCCCCCAAGGGAAAGUCAGCAAGAUCUGCCCGGAAAACACUGUCGUUGCCACCUCGCUCACCCUUCAAUGGACCAAACGAGGGGACCUCUGCAAUGCGCUGCUCCUCUCGAUCAAGGGCUUCGGGCAGUGCACAUUCGCCUGGUGUGGUGACUCGCCGAGCCAGAGCAAAUGUGGCUGGUGCGGCCAUAGCCAGAAAACACUGCUGUGGAGGGCAAACCAGUGGAAGUGGCUGCCAUACCGACGCGGGAGGGCUUUGCGGCAGGGCGAGAGACACUGCUGCAGAUGGAAUAAGCUGGCUCGGAGAUACGAAUGUUGUCGAUGCAAGGACCCUGAUAAUGCGCUUAUGGGGCCCCUAGACCGGGAAGAUUCCGCCUCGAUGCCACAGUCCGUUUUGCCCGCCACCAUUGAGGGUCACAAGCUGUACAUGAGCAAUGCGCAAGUGGCAUUGCUGCGCGGGAGCCACAAUCUCCAAAAUUCAGGUAAUAGCGCUGUUGCUCAGCCCACUAUCAACAACUUUCAUUUUUAUGGCAACAUUUACCAAGCGGCGGCAGGGGGUUCAGCCGAUGGUCCAAUGAGUGGGCCCUCGAGCUAUGUGUUCUCGGCCAUGCCCCUCACAAUUGCAACCUUGCCGAGGACCAUGAUUGACUUUACGAGCUCUGUUGCGUCGUCGAUGCCUAGGGCUGGGGUGGAGCAUGGUCAUAUCGUGGGAGAGGUUAAUGACGACCAAGGCACGUCGGGCUCCGGCCCGAGCAAGACACGAAACUAUACCAAACCAAUGGUGGAGGACGAUAUCGAUGAUGGAGAAAUCAGUAACGCUGGGUUGGCUAAAAGGUUUUCUAGGCUGGAUGUAGCCAAAGCGUCGACUUAA